GUUAGGGGAAUACCAUCAUUUACCACACUAAGGACAUAUUUAAUACAAGCUCAUCAUCACCCCUGGUUUUACUAACAACGUCAAAUGAGCGCAUUCAAUUUUCAGAUUUACAAAGCGACGGUCGUAUUAUACGUAGUAUUUUACAAUGUGUCUAUGGCUUUUGACAGCGUGCUUGGGUAUACUCCCAGCAAAUCCAUCUUCACCUAACAUUGUUAUAGUACAAGGGGUUCCAGCCCCUAUUAUUGUCCCUACUACGGCAACAACUGCAGCUGCCACGGCGGCAACGAAUGCGACUCCUACGGCGGCUCCGACUGUUCAACCAACGGGUCAGCCAACUGGUCAACCGACUGGUCAACCCACGGGUUCGCCACCCACUGGAUCACCGCCCUCUGGAUCACCACCCACUGGAUCCCCAGGACCGCUACCGAUCGAUCCAAGACUGGGAACGACGCCAGGGUCUCCGGCAGCUCUGCAACUACCCCCAAUCACAGGAUACAGCGCCCAAGUACCACUAAAUGACAUGGCCGUCAGGUUUCCCAGAGAAAAAAGAAGCGCGGAGAUGAACAUUAAAGAUUUCUUAGAUAGUAUUUCGGGUUCACAGCGAGUCCAUACGAUUGUAAAGAGACAAAGUUGCACAUGUGUGCCAGCUGGCACAUGCGUCCGCACUGCUACUAACGCAGGUGCCGGCCUUAUCGAUGUUAGAAUAGUAACACCGGGUGCUAACACGGGCCAGUGCCCCGCUGGGCAAGAAUACUGCUGCACGGACACGACGUCGCAGACGCAAAUAGCGUGUGGCACGCUGCAAACCGUCCCGGCUGUGUCCGUCACUCCAGGAUCGGGACAAGCGAAUUAUGGCGAAUUCCCUUGGCAGGCUCUUAUAAUGACGAAGCAGAAUGAUUACCUAGCGGGAGGAGUACUAAUCGACCAGUUAAAUGUGUUGACGGUUACUCACAGGCUUGUAAACUAUGUGGUUUCAGGCACUGCACCUAAUGUAAAAGUGCGUCUUGGUGAAUGGGACGCUGGGGCGACGUAUGAACCUAUUCCCUUCCAAGAGUACAACGUGGCGAAGGUGUUCACUCACCCCUCAUACGUCCAAAACACCCUGCAGUAUGACAUCACGGUGCUGCGGCUGUCAACUCCAGUGCCGUUGACACCGGCCACUGGGUCUGUAACCACGAUUAACAGGGCCUGUCUACCUCCAUCUUCGACUUCCAGUUAUGUUGGACAAAGGUGUAUGGUAGCAGGAUGGGGCAAGAACAUGUUUGGUUUGCAAGGCAUGUAUCAGCAAAUCCUGAAGAAGGUGGAUGUGCCAAUCGUUGCCUCUGCCACAUGCCAGACGCAACUGCAAACUGCCCGGUUGGGCGCCAACUUCGUGCUGGACACCACCUCUUUCAUCUGUGCCGGUGGGGAAGCCAACAAGGAUGCUUGCACGGGUGAUGGUGGUUCAGGACUGGUAUGCCAAGUGAACGGACAAUGGGUGGUGGUGGGUCUAGUGGCGUGGGGGCUAGGCUGCGCCAACGCAAACGUGCCCGGCGUCUAUGUCAACGUCGCCGGCCUGUUGCCAUGGAUACAGCAACAAGUUGCUACUGCGUAACUUCGUUACGGAUGCGGAGCUCAUUUAACCAAAGCAACUGGAAUAAAAAUAAAAGUUAC